UAUAAAGAAAAGAAAAUGGGCCCACAUAUGUUUCUCUCUCUAUCAAUCUGUAGUUUUCACCAUAUCAGUAUCAUCAUUCUCUCUCUACAUAUUUGAUUUUUCCAUCUGGGAUUUCUCUGUUCUUUUUCGAGUUCUUCAAAGCACAGAAACGAAGCAAUUCGAAGCAGUUCAGAAAGCAAAAAAGCUAUUUAUUGUUACUUAUUUUUUUCUUUCUAAUUUUCUUCUUCUUCUUCUUCUUCUUCUACUUUAGUUUGGUUCUCAUAGAUUUUUGAAAUCAGGCUUAAGCCUCUGAGAUUUACUUCCAUUUUUGUCUUUUUCUUUCAGGCUUGCCCAUGGGAUGACAAUUUGUGUGUAAAUUCUGGCUGCUUUGUAACUAUUUCUGGUUUCAUUGCAAGAAAGCAACAAAAACGAAAAGGGGCGAGAAAUUCACUGUUCUGGUGAUUGCUUUCCAGGUAAUUUUGGGUGAUUCUGGUUUUGCAAGUUAUCUCUUAUGUUAUUCUGACAAAAGCCGGGAGGAUGUUGAAGUUUAUAACUGGACUUUAAAGAGUUUGAUAGAUAUGGGUGAUACUUGACAAGUUGUUUGAGACUCUGGUGUGGCACAUAGCUCUUUGGUAUUAUUUUAGAAAAAAAAAAUGGAGCAAAAGGAAAGUGAGAGUUGGAAAGAAUUGGUGAAGAAAAUGCUUCCACCUGGUGCAUCUCUCCCUGAAGAUUCUUCACAGCUUGAUUACUCUAUAGCUAUGGAAUAUCAGGGUCCUCCGGUCACUUAUGAACUGCCUAGAGUUGAGCCUCUUGAUGUCAAUCCACAUGCCAUACCUGCUGCAGAGUCACUCUCAGAGUCCCAAAGGUCAGUUGCUAAUACUGGCCCUCCAGUUAUUGAACCAAUCCCCUUGCCAGUAUCUUAUAUUGCUGAUGUUGCAAGUCCGCCUGCACAGAGUCCAAGGGUUUCGGCAAGCUCUGAGUCAGUAGUAUCUGUGUUGCAAAACCCUGAUUUUUCUUCAGCUUCUCCUUCAGCUUCUCCUGGUUCAGUUCGCAAUCCUCCAAGUAAUCCUCCGAAACAAGCUGUUAAUGAAUUGAGGAGAGUGCCAGUUGUCACAUUUAAUACCGUUGAAAGGUCAGAGGGGAAAGAUGUGGAUAUGGAUAAGCCCGUUUUCCCUGAAUUUGUUGGGGUUUCAAAGGAAAAGAAGAAGAAAAGAAGAAUUUGUUAUCGUUGUGGUAAGAGAAAAUGGGAAACAAAGGAAUCUUGCCUUGUUUGUGACGCUAAAUAUUGCAGCAAUUGUGUACUUAGGGCAAUGGGCUCAAUGCCUGAAGGACGGAAAUGUGUGACAUGCAUUGGCCAGCCAAUCGAUGAAUCAAAGCGAUUAAGACUAGGCAAACAUUCUAGGCUCUUGUCUCGAUUACUUAGUCCUCUGGAAGUGAAGCAGAUUAUGAAAGCAGAGAAAGAAUGCUCUGCUAACCAGCUCCGACCAGAGCAGCUAAUUGUGAAUGGGUAUCCAUUGAAGCCAGAAGAGAUGGCAGAAUUACUUGGGUGCCCUUUACCUCCAAGGAAGUUGAAGCCUGGUAGAUAUUGGUAUGAUAAGGAAUCUGGUCUCUGGGGAAAGGAGGGAGAAAAACCUGAUCGGAUCAUUAGUUCAAACUUGAAUUUCACAGGGAAGCUUAAUCCUGAUGCAAGCAAUGGCAAUACUGAAGUUUAUAUCAAUGGCCGGCAAAUUACAAAACUUGAAUUGAGGGUGCUAAAGUUGGCAAAUGUGCAGUGUCCACGUGACACUCAUUUUUGGGUUUAUGAUGAUGGACGUUAUGAGGAAGAAGGUCAAAAUAACAUUAGAGGAAACAUCUGGGAGAAGGCAACAACUCGUUUUAUCUGUACCUUGUUCUCUUUGCCUGUGCUCCAUGGUCAACCUCAAGGAGCAAGAGAGGAGGUUAGCAAUUAUACUACUGUUCCAAAUUAUCUCGAGCAGAAAAGAACCCAGAAACUUCUUCUACUUGGGCUUCAAGGCUCUGGAACAAGCACCAUCUUCAAGCAGGCAAAAUUUUUGUAUGGGAAUGGGUUUUCUACAGAGGAACUGCAGGAUCUCAAGUUGAUGAUCCAGAGUAAUAUGUACAGAUACCUUAGCAUAUUACUGGAUGGGCGGGAGCGAUUUGAGGAGGAAGCAAUGUCUCGUAUAAGAGAACUAGGUCCCGAUGACCAGAAUAGUGAAGCAGGUGGGGAGGUCGACUCUAGUGAAACUAACCAGUGCAUCUAUUCUAUAAACCCAAGGCUAAAGCAUUUUUCUGAUUGGCUUCUGGACAUUAUAGCCACCGGAGAUUUGGAUGCUUUUUUCCCUGCAGCAACACGUGAGUAUGCUCCAUUGGUUGAGGAGUUGUGGAAAGAUCCUGCUAUACAGCAAACGUAUAAAAGAAAAGACGAGCUCCACUUUCUUCCAGAUGUUGCUGAGUACUUCUUAAGCAGGGCCGUUGAGGUUUCAAGCAAUGAAUAUGAACCAUCUCAUCGAGAUAUCCUUUAUGCUGAAGGGAUCACUCAAGGGAAUGGUUUGGCAUUCAUAGAGUUUUCUCUUGAUGAUCGUAGUCCAAUGUCUGAAACUUACACUGACAAUUUGGAAGCUCCAUCCCUGCCCCUGACCAAGUAUCAACUUAUAAGGGUAAAUGCAAAGGGGAUGAAUGAGGGAUGCAAGUGGGUGGAAAUGUUUGAAGAUGUGCGAUCUGUAGUCUUCUGCGUGGCCCUUAGUGAUUAUGAUCAGAUAUCGAUAUCACCAGAGAGCAGUGGCAGUGGAACGCUACUUCAAAAUAAGAUGUUGCAGACAAAGGAGCUAUUUGAAACAAUGAUAAGGCAUCCUUGCUUUAAGGAUACCCCAUUCGUGUUGAUACUAAACAAGUAUGAUCUGUUCGAGGACAAAGUCAAUCGGGUGCUGUUAAGUGCAUGCGAGUGGUUCAUGGAUUUCAGUCCAGUUAGGCCUCUCCAUAACCAUCACUCCCUGGCUCAACAGGCCUAUUUUUACGUGGCAAUGAAGUUCAAGGAUCUGUAUGCAUCCCUUACUGGACGGAAACUAUUUGUCUGGCAAGCAAAGGCAAGGGACCACCGGGUGAGUAUCGAUGAAGCAUUUAAGUAUAUAAGGGAGGUUCUCAAGUGGGAAGAGGAGAAAGAUGAAAACUACUAUGGGGGAGAAGAUUCAUUUUACAGCACAGAUGUUAGCUCCUCGCCAUUUGUGAGGCAAGAAUGAGGUGCAUUCUGAAUUUUACUUGUAUUCUUCCGGUUUAAAGAAGAUUGUAUAAGUGUUGUGCUUGCCUUGUUACUUAAUUAAAUAAGGAUUAGUUGUUGUAAUUUUUAUUCUCUUUUGUAUUAUAUAUAUAUAUAUAUAUCAAUUUAAUGAUAUCAGUGAAAUUUGCUUCA